AUGAGAGGUGAAAAUGGCUUCAAUAAUGCUUAUCAAAUCGAACACGAUAGAAGCCGAUACCCUCAUUGUAUCGUGUGGACGCCCAUUCCCUGUUUAACGUGGUUUUUACCGUUUAUUGGUCACAUGGGUAUAGCCACUAUUUCCGGAAUUAUCCGAGAUUUUGGAGGUCCAUACUAUGUUGCAGAGGAUAAUAUGUCAUUUGGAAUUCCAACCAAAUAUUGGCAGUUAGAUUUAUUUAAAGUAAAAGGUGGAAGGGAGGUCUGGGAUAAAGCUGUAUAUGAAGCUUCAGAAGAAUAUAAAAAACGAAUGCACAAUCUUUGCUGUGAUAAUUGUCAUUCCCAUGUUGCCAUGGCUUUAAACCUGAUGCAUUAUGGGUCAAGUACAUCAUGGAAUAUGGUAAAAUUAUGUUUUAUGAUGCUCAUUUAUGGAAAAUUCACAGGAUUUUGUGGUUUUUUAAAGACCUGGUUACCGUUUUUAAUAAUGGUGGGAGUUGUCUUAACAAUAAUUCUUGUCCUACAUGUAUAG